UAAUAUCUAUCACGUUUUGGCAGUUCAUCUAUAUGCAGAUAACAGGGGCUGUAAUUACAAUAGCUUGGUCCUCAUUGUUUUACCCGCCGCGCUCUAUCUCGUUCCAGGCAAUAAAUUCAACGGAAUGGCAUUUUACUGUUGAUAAAUACAUAUUUCGCUUUUAUUUAUGCAAAACAGCUCCGAGCAACAAGUAAUUUAUGUGGGUAGGAUAUGUCUGUGUAUUACGGAUCGUGAUUUUCCACAUGCAAACCUCAUAGGCAGUAAACGUAUCUACAGACACAAUAAUUCGAGUAAAAGAUGACAAAUGCUUGCUAAGAAAUGACAGACCGCUCAGAAACGUAAACCAAUCUUUCUAAGUGAAGUUCAACCACAUACGCUGGAAAAAAAUAAACCCGGAGAGCUUCUUGAGAGAAAUGGACUAGUUUCACUUUCGAGUAAUCCUUCCGGAUUCUUUAGCUGACCUUAAUCUUCAAAUCGUUUUCUUUUGCGCAGUAUCAUCAUUGGAAAAUAAAAUAAAAUGCCUGUUACAUCGGGAGAGACUGGAAUAGUUGGAGCUGGGGCUAAGAUACUAGUCCUAGGGGACAGCGGUGUCGGAAAGACUCGGUUGGUUCGGCGCUUUGUAGAAGACACGUUUAUUCAACGUUACGUUGCAACUGUUGGAGUUGAUUUCAGAUCAAAAGCUGUCAAGAUUGGAGGUAAAGAGUUGGUACUGCAAAUAUGGGAUACAGCAGGUCAGGAACGUUUCCGGUCUAUGACAACUACUAUUUUUCGCGGAGCAGAAGGCGCCAUUUUGGUUUACGAUGUAUCAUCUAAGGCAACAUUUGAUCAUCUCGAUGACUGGAUAGAGAGCAUUCGAAGGAGCGCUGACCAGAACAUACGUGUAGUUAUCGUCGGUAAUAAAAUAGAUAAAGAAGGCGAAGUUGAAGUUGACACACGGACUGGUAAGCGUUUUGCGGAUCAAAUCGGACUAAACUUUUUUGAAACGAGUGCACAGUCUGGUAAAAAUGUUGACAAACCCUUCAAGAAAUUAGCAAAGGAAGUAAACGAAGCAAGAGAGAUCAAAGAAAAGCAGCUUUUUGAACAAAACACCAGUAACAUUUCUAAAAUGCCUGAAGGAAAAAAACCGUCUGGAUGUUUAUGCUAAUAUCGGUUUAUGUUUAAAUUUGUUUUCUAUGGGUGUAAAUCAGUACCGUAUAUCGUGUUUUUAAUGUAAUGAGGUGAUUUGAGAUUAUACCUUUUACUACGUUUAGUCAAUGGGCGACAAUUCAGAGAAAGUAUGGGUAACUAACGGAAAUGUAUGCAGAGUAAACGCGUUCGAUACCGGUAUGCAAUUUACAAAAACGUGCAAGCUCACUUUGCUUUUUAAUGCAAUUCUUAUUAAAAUAUUAUAGUAGGCCUCUAAUGAAAGAAAUCGUGGCCAAAACAUGAACUAUUGAUGCCCUAAAGUAGGUAUACAGACUAGGUGUAUUAAAAACCUAACGGUUAUACUUUAAGUUCAGAGAAUUUGUUAAUAAAAUUAAAAUUUGUAAUUAAAAUACCGUGAUAAUUAUAAUACUGGUAAUGUUUUGUAAAUUUUGUCCUGUACGGUCAUUUAAGUAUUGUGUUUGGUAGCAUUGUAGCAGUUAACUUUUUAUCAAUUUUGUUUUCUGCAGUUAUUUAUAUCUUGUGCAAUUGCGCACCCGUUUAAAACCAUAUCUGUCCGUUAAUUACCCAUGCGCGAUUAACAAACAAUGCCUUAAACAAAUCGAAAGUGGCAAAACUCCGGGUAAUCGCCAGGACCAACACAAAUACAAACCUAUAUAAACAUUAAAAUACACUGAAUAAUAUUAGAUUAUGUAAUUUAUAUGUAUUAUCAGUGGAAAAAUAAUUACUAAAGUUUGGGUUAUUGUAAAUACACCUAUAUAUUAAUACUGGUAAGAGUUAUAUUUACGGCAAUGUAUAUAGGAGUCGUGCUGAUAAUUUAUUUAUUGCGGUAUAAAAUGUACAGCAAUUAAAAAAUUACACUUA